AUCUAAACGCUCAGUCCCUGGUGGAAACGUCCAGUUGCAGUAUAGUGGACGUAUUUGAGACAGCAGCAACAAUGCAUACUCCUCCGCCAGUGCGCUUGUUCCUGGCUGUUUUACUCUUCUACGGACACAGGGGUGCGUCGGCGUUCUUGUGUCCGAGGAUCUGCCGCUGCCUCUCCAACACGAUCAGAUGCAACAACGUGACCGAAGCCUCCGCAGUGAUGACGGGACACAGACACAAAAGGCUGUUUCUCUUUCACUGCUCUUUGCGCACGAUUUCCAGCCAUUCCUUUGAGGGUUUGAGAGGAGUCCAGAGGAUUGAGAUUGCUCAGAGCGUAACCCUGGAAACCAUCGAGACAUUGGCGUUUAACAACCUUCCUAACGUCUCAGAAAUCCUAAUCCAGAACACAAAAAAUCUGAUGCACAUUGGCAGACGGACCUUUAACAAUCUUCCCAAGUUACAUUACCUGAGCAUAUCAAACACUGGGAUCACACUUUUCCCUGACAUCACUUCUAUCCAUUCUCUUGAAUCAGAGUUCAUCUUGGAUAUCUGUGACAACCUGCAUGUACUGGAAAUACCUCCAAACGCUUUCAUUGGAAUGAUUAAGGAAUACGUUACAAUGAACCUGUAUAACAAUGGCAUCAGAGAAAUACACGACCACGCUUUCAAUGGGACAAAGAUAAAUAAACUAAUGUUAAAGAACAACCGAAACCUCAGAGUGAUCCACAGAGAUGCUUUCAAAGGAGCCACAGGCCCUGGAGUCUUGGACGUUUCAGCGACAGCUCUCACAAAGUUACCACCACAGGGGCUGGAGUCGGUCCUGGUGCUGUUGGCUCAGUCAGCGUACGCCUUGAAGAGUCUGCAUCCUCUCCAGGGACUAUGGAGCCUGCGAGAGGCCCACCUCACCUACAACAGUCACUGCUGCGCUCUGCUGAGCUGGGCUGCACAAAGGGACUUUCCAGUUAAUCCUUCCUGGACUAAUGACUCUAAAUACUGUGAUGAGAGCGAUCCAUCAGCGAGACUUCAGCGCGUGAUCGGAGGUUCAGCCGAUUCGACUCAAGCUUUCGAUGAGCCCUUAUUCUCAGAUGUUGACCUGUUUCUCGAUGAUCCGGUUUCUGGGGAUGUGAAUUUCCUCUAUCCAGAGCUGGACUUCUGUCAGACUCGACCAACUCUGGUUUGCACCCCUGAGGCAGACGCUUUCAAUCCCUGCGAGGACAUUGCCGGUUUCAGUUUUCUCAGAGUGGCUAUUUGGUUUAUCAACAUACUGGCGAUCACAGGGAACCUGACAGUGCUCGUGGUCUCGUUUACCAGUCGCAGCAAGAUGAUGGUCCCCCGCUUCCUCAUGUGCCACCUGGCUUUUGCUGACCUCUGCAUUGGGAUCUACCUUCUGAUGAUAGCGACUGUAGACAUCCGCACGCGUGGUUCCUACAGUCAACAUGCGAUUGAAUGGCAGACGGGGCUGGGCUGCAGCGCCGCAGGCUUCUUGUCUGUGUUUGGCGGGGAGCUGUCAGUCUACACACUUUCCACCAUCACACUGGAGCGCUGGCACACCAUCACCAACGCUCUGCAGGUAGAGCGUCGCCUGGUGCUCACACAGGCAGCGAGCAUAAUGGCGGUCGGUUGGCUCAUCUGUCUGGGGCUGGGAAUGCUGCCCCUGAUCGGUGUGAGCAGUUACACCAAAGUAAGCAUGUGCUUACCCAUGGAUAUAGAGACUCCUCUGGCUCAAGCCUUCAUCAUAAUUAUCCUACUCUUCAACGUGGGAGCCUUCGUUGUUGUGUGCGUCUGUUACGUGCUCCUCUACCUGGCCGUGAAGAACCCUGAAUUUCCCGGAAGAAGCGCUGACACCAAGAUCGCAAAGCGCAUGGCCGUGCUCAUCUUCACAGAUUUUCUUUGCAUGGCACCCAUCUCUUUCUUUGCCAUCUCUGCUGCCUUCAAAGUCCCCCUCAUCACCGUGACUAACUCCAAGAUCCUACUGGUCCUCUUCUUCCCCAUCAAUUCCUGUGCCAACCCUUUCCUCUACGCCAUCUUCACCAAGGCUUUCAGAAAGGACGUGUAUCGGCUCAUGAGUGCCCUGGGCUGCUGCAAGAGCAAGGCCAGCGUUUAUUGUAUGAAGGCCUACUACUCGGAAAAUUCAAUCAAGAUGGGACCCGAAAAUAAAAGAUCUCACACGGGAGGCGCCUGCUGAUGUGCUGCGGUAGGGUUAUGACCCUACAGAAGAGGGCCAGCUCACCUAUAACCAACAA